CUCAAGCCAAGUUCUCGCGCCGUCGAGGUGAGGGAGCGACCCUCCGGUACGAAGCUCAGGCCGCGACUGCUCCGUGCUGCCUUACCCAGGUCAUCAUCACUGAGUGCUCCUUGGCCAUCGAACACUUUUGCACAUUGUCCGUUCGCAUCUGGUCUCGCUCCCAGCCCGAUCCCGGCAUCUUGCUCAUCAUUGCGCACGACCUUCGGCACGACCUUUUUCACGGACACGGGCGGUACCCUGCAACAGCGUUCAUCGUUGGGCCGCGCCUUGCCCAGGACAGAGGAGCUUCUCGUGUCUGCCAUCAAGCCGCCGGCGAGCUGUCCACGCGAUCACGUCGCUCGUCUCGCCACUCUCGUGUCUCGAACCUUGCCUUGCCUCUCCCACCGGCUCGGCGACCACGCAUCGGCUUGCCGCUUCAGGACGAAAGCCGGAAGCCAACGGCUUGAUACCCCUCCCAGCUCAAGCGGGACAAAGAAACCUGUCGAGCUUCGCGGCUGGUGACGACGGGAUGGAACCUGGUAGCUCAGUGACCCCUGGAGACGCCUCUCCCGACUAUGAGCUUCUCGCUCCAAUCGGUGAGUGCUGAACAGCCUGGAUGUCGGUCCUUUCUUUCAACGCAGCUGAGCCCCGCCCCCACGUGCUCGUUCCCGCUCCUUUCGUUGGCCAGGCCCAGCUGCAGUUGGUACUCUCCAGCCAUCGAUUGACCCAGCCAGCUUCUUGGCUUGGUUGCUUUGUGCACCCCCUUGCACCUUCCCUCGGCGGCUCGUCUGGCAGGUUUGCCUGUGUCGUGUGCCUCUUGGUUGGCUCACCUCGGUGUCCACUGGCUCCAACCCAGAUGCAACCCUGCCCGAGCUGACACUUACUUUCACCGUUAUACUACCAGCUUGAUAGGACCGCAAACAUUGCGCGCCAAAGCUUCAUCCCUUUCAUCACUUCGUCAGCACUGAGGUUCCGGCAUGUGCAGCUCUUGUUACGCGUCCAACAAGUGUUGGUCAAGCUGUGCGGCAAAUGGCUGGUUGAAGUGCCGCGCCGUAGCUGAGGGCUCGUCUGACUAACAUUGCCACGUAUGAUGUAGGCUAUGCAAACUCCUCCCGAUGCGGCUAUUGCGGCACGUCUUCUCGUCAAACGAAGCGCUACUCUUACUACGCAACGGCCACUUCCCUUUCUCCUCAGUUUUAUCAGAAACUGAUCGAUCGCUGUUGGAGGCGGUCAGGGACUCUCAUGUAUCGCCCGAAUCAGCGCCAAGCCUGUUGUCCACACUACACGAUUCGUCUUGACUCAUCGCUCUUCAAACCAGCCCGUGACCAACGGCAGGCCGUCAACAGAUUUAACAGGUACAUCCUCGGAGUGCAGUACAUUAAAGAAGCAGCGCGGUUGUAUCCGAGGUCUCGAGCACAGACUAAAAAACGAGACAACGAGUUUUGCCUUGCAGACCGAAUCCAUGAGGCUGAGUACUCUCACCUCAAGACUCCGCCUGAGCCAGCCCACAAGCUGGUGGUCACUCUCGAAGAGGACUCUUUUACAGAAGAAAAGUACGCCGUGUACGAUAAUUAUCAAAAGGUGGUACACAAGGAGACCCCCGAGGAUCGAACGCGACGAUCGUUUAAGCGCUUUCUCUGUAAUUCGCCAUUGAGGCGACAAACUGUCACAGAUCCUGACGGACGGAAGCGUCGUCUUGGUUCCUUCCAUCAGUGCUAUAGAAUCGAUGGCGAUUUGGUAGCCAUAGGGGUUCUCGAUCUCCUGCCUGAUUGCGUGAGCUCCGUCUACUUUCUCUACCACGAAAGCAUUCACAGUCUCACGCCAGGGAAGAUUGGGGCUCUCUAUGAAAUUUCCUUGGCCAUAGAAGAGGGGUAUCGUUGGUGGUAUCCCGGAUUCUACAUCCACAGCUGCCCCAAGAUGAGAUACAAGAUCGACUACACCCCGCAGUUCAUCCUCGAUCCGCAAACCCUGGCUUGGGAUCCACUAGAUGACGAGGUACUCCGAUUGCUUGACCGAAAGCCGUUCGUCAGUCUUUCUCUUGAGAAGCAGGCUGCGCCGGAAGGCAUCGCAAACUCAACGGACCCUAUCGCUAGAGAAGGCAUCUCUACAGCCACGCCGGGGGAAAACGACGACGAUGACGACGCCGGCGACGACGACACAACCACCUCGCUGUUUCGGUCAGACAUGCCCGGGAUACCAUCCCUCGCAGACAUGGAGGAGGUGGACCUGGACCACAUCCCUCUCAAGAUCUUCCCAAGUGGACCGCUCUUUGAGACGUCAGACCUAGUUAGCUGGGACUCGAAAACAGUGCGAGAUUGGCCGUCAGCCAAGGCUUCAAUGGCUGAGCUGGUGGCAGCGCUUGGACCGGACGUUCUGGAUUGCUUGUGUGUGGAUUCAUCCCGUUGAUGCCUGCCUCAUGAUACCAAGUAUAUGGAGGUGGUCUCAGCAGGCGGCUUACAUAGCGAAGAUGUGACAUUCUGUUCGGCUCAUUGAAAGAAAAUUUACACACCAAUUAGUC